GGGCUCUCCCCGCGGCGCCUGGGUCACAAAGGCCGUUGCCAAGCACCCGGCAGAGGAAAGAUGCGGCCCCGGGAACAGCGGCCGCCACUCGGGAGCGUGCGACCCGCGGAGCCCAGCAGGAGGCGGCGGAUCUACCUCCACAGCCACCCGGGGGGCUCCAGCCACUCGAAAUACCACCCUCGGCCUCGGAGGUGACACACAGCUCAGCUGCGGUUCUGCAUCCUUAUUUUCCAGGUGGAGAAGUUGAGGUGUAACAAUGGCAGGAUAUCAGCUCUGGUCACCAUGGACCCCACUGGAUGAGAGUUUCCAGUGGUUACGACAUACAACACCUACUCCUUCUUCCAAGCACCCCUUUAGGGCUUCUCACUGCUUCCCACAUACCCCUUCAGACCUGGAAGUGCAGCUUUGCUUCCAGGAGGUUACCCUCGUCCUAGACAGCCCAUUUCUGGAGACUGGGGUGAGUCCCAAGUUGCCCUGCCACACGUCGGAGCUUCGAACAAUGAACAAUAAGAAAGGUCUUGUCCGGAAGCCUCAGCCUGUCCGCCUCAGUGGAGUGGACUCUGUCUUUGGCAGGAUCAUCACAGCUCAGCCCCCAAAGUGGACCGGGACAUUUAGAGUUUCUGACAAAUCAGCCUUUUGCAAAAUCAUCAGCCGGGAGCAUCAGUGGCCCACUGGACUGAAGGAGCCUCAAAUUCAAAUGACAGUGACUAUGUGUAAGCAGAUGCUGCGGUCUAUUCUAUUACUGUAUGCAACGUACAAGAAGUGCACUUUUGCCUUACAGCACUCCAAGUAAAACCCCUACCUGGUUUGCAGUCACACUCACACCAUGUCCUUUGGUAAGUGUCUGGAGUUUACAGAAACUCAUGUAAAGCAAAUUGCAACAUCAUUGGAGCUGUCUUACCUCUUCUGUCAAGACAAGACAAUGCAGGAGUCCCCCCCACCAAUAAGGGCCGGUGACACAGAGCAAGAGAGAACGUCUUUCACUUGUAAAAUUAAACCACUUUAAAAAUGAGGCAAACUAGCACAUGUACACGCGAUAACGAAGAGCAUUAAACAAACAGUAGAUACCAAAGAA